GUGAGCUGCUGGUUGUAGGUCACCAAGUGUCCUGCCCCUUUAACACCAGUUUUGUCUGUGACCACAACACCACAUCUGACAUCUCUUAUUAAAGAUGGGGGAGAGGUUGCAAAGUCAAAAAAGCUAUGUUUGCUCAUUUUUUGAUUGUAAAGCUACAUUCAGUAAGUCGUGGAAGCUAGAGGCUCACUUUUGCAAACACACAGGAUUGAAACCGUUCUCCUGUGAAAACUGUGACAAGAGCUUUUGCACUCGCUACCAACUCACCAGACAUGAGCUCAGUCACAGUGGGGAAAAACCACACAAGUGUUUGGCUGAUGGGUGCUCCGAGGCCUUUGUCACAAAUGCCAGCAUGAAGAAACACAUGGCUCGAGUCCACCAGCGCCCGGAGAAGCGAUACAAAUGCAACUAUCAGGGCUGUGGAAAGGAUUUCAACAAGAGGAACCAACUUAAAACCCACAAGUGUGAGCACCAAGAGCCUUUGCCUUUUCACUGUACUUUCAGUGGCUGUACAAAAGAAUUUCCCUCUUGUGGAAAACUGAAGCAUCAUGAGAAAGUGCAUGAAGGUUACCCCUGUGAGAAUGAAGUGUGUCCUUUCCAGGGAAAGACAUGGACCGAAUACCUGAAGCACAGAAAAGAACACAUUGUCAAGGUGCUGUGUGAAAAGUGCAAAAAGCAGUUCAACAACACCUGGUUCUUGCGCCAGCACAACCUGCAUGUCCACUCUGGGGAGAAGAGGAUGCUGUCGUGUCCCAGAGAGGGCUGCAACAAAAAGUUCACUCGUCGCUUCAACUUGGAGAGUCAUGUCCUGGGAGACCAUGAGGGCAAGAGGCCUUUCAGCUGUGCCUAUGCUGGCUGUGGGAAGAGCUUCGUCAUGAAGGAAAGCCUGUGGCGACAUGGAGUGGUGCAUGACCCAGCAAAGAAAAAGCUGACGAAACUGCAUCGUAAAAAGAAACCGCCCUGGCGUAAGGCACUGCAGACCAGACUGGCAUCUGCAGCCAAUCAAGCAGACGCCAACAAGCUUGCGGCAAAGCUGCACAGUACAACCUUAAAGGAUGACAAAUCUUGAGGCUGCAUUAUAUGAAUAUCUAGUUGGACGUGUUUGUUAAUAGUGACAAUUCACGUAAUAUUUCUGUUGAUGACUUUCUUUAAAAUAAAGCCUCAUUAAUUCUGCA